UCCUCCGCCGCCGCCCGAGGCUCCCUCCCUGGGCCCGGCGCCGUCCGCUGCCCGCCCGCGCAACGCUCCGCUCCGCCCGGCGCAGACAGAAUGCACUGGCAGAAGACCCUGGCAAAGUCUUAAUGCACGUGGACCUAUCUGAAUUGCCAGCAGGGCACUGAAGGUCUCAAGGAGGAGGACGAGGAAUCUUGCCAACUUUCUUACGGUUUACGAAAGCACCCUCAGCUCGUCAGUUGGUGCUGGCCGCCAGGCCCAGUCGGUUCUCCAGAGCUCUCCUCCUGAAAUCGCUUCCCAAGAGACAACAUUCCUUUUUCGACUGUGGGAUCCAGAACUGAGCAGCAGACUCCAGUACUAAGUGAUGUCUCACCCAUCAUGGCUGCCCCCCAAGAACCCCAGCGAGCCCGUGGGCCAUGUGACCGCGAGGAUGGAGACCACCCAUUCUUUUGGGACCCCCAGCAUCUCCAUAUCCACUCAGCAGACCCCAAAGAAGUUUGCUCCGGUCGUGGCCCCCAAACCGAAGUACAAUCCCUACCGAGCGGCUGAAGGGGAAGGUGACUUCCCGCCGCCCCCGCCACCUCCACCUCCUUCUGACGAUCUUGGGAAUCCUCCUCCACCGCCGCCCAGUGCCUUUCUUCCUCCUCCUCCUCCUCCUGAUGAAGCCAUGUUCAAUGUUCAGGUCAGCGCCGGUGGCAAGACUCUGGAGGAGAGGCGUUCCAGUCUGGACGCGGAAAUCGACUCCUUGACCAGCAUCUUGGCUGACUUGGAGAACAGCUCGCCUUACAAGCCGCGGACGCAACAGGGCUCUGGGAUUCCGGGCGGAUCUCCCAUCGCUACGCCUCCGAUGGCCACCCCAGUCACUGGCCACAAGCGCAUGGUCAUCCCAAACCAGCCUCCCCUGACGGCCACCAAGAAAUCGGCAUCCAAGCCUGGCUCUCAGCCCAUCCCGGAGGCAGGUCCCAUCCCGGUGACCCCAGUCGGCACCUUGAAACCUCAGCCGGUUCCGGCGUCUUACAGCACGGCUUCCACCCCGAACCGCCCGACCUUCAACGUGCAAGUGAAGUCGGCCCAGCCGGCCCCCCACUUCCAGCCACCAGCCCCCAGUAUAGCAGUCUGGCCCCCCAACCAAGCGGCUCAACCUGCGUCUUCUCUGGGUCCAGCGCCUUACGUGCCGUCUCAGCCCCGGGCCGCGGAUUAUGGCUACGUGCCCCAAACCGCCCCUCACCCAGAGCCAAGCUAUGGGUACGGGGGGCCCCAGGGCCGCUACCAAGAGCCGGCCUACCCCGGAGGCUACGGAGGGAGGACUGGCUCGGAUCCAUCCUACGUGCCGCAAAAUGCCUGGAAGCAGGAGGCGACAUACCCUUCUCCCGGGUCUGCGGCCCUGAAUCCCACAGGGCAGUACCCGUCGUCCGGAGCCAAGAAAACCUACAUCACGGAACCGGCCACCGGGCCUCAGCCUCCUCUGCUGCAGCCAAAGAGUGGACAUGGCGGUCCCAACCCUGCCUCAAGUGCUCCUUUGUUCAGACCGGAGGAUGAGCUGGAACACCUGACCAAGAAGAUGUUGUACGACAUGGAAAACCCGCCUUCCCAGGAAUACUUUGGUCGCUGUGCCCGCUGCGGGGAGAACGUCGUGGGAGAAGGAACUGGCUGCACCGCGAUGGACCAGGUCUUCCACGUGGAGUGCUUCACCUGCAUGACCUGCAGCAACAAACUGCGGGGCCAGCCCUUCUACGCGGUGGAGAAGAAAGCCUACUGCGAGCCCUGCUACAUCAGCACCCUGGAGCAGUGCAGCGUCUGCGCCAAGCCCAUCAUGGAGCGCAUCUUGAGAGCCACCGGCAAGGCUUACCACCCUCACUGUUUCACCUGCGUGAUCUGUCAGCGCAGCCUGGACGGGAUCCCCUUCACCGUGGACGCUGGCGGAAACAUCCACUGCAUCGAGGAUUUCCACAGGAAAUUCGCUCCCCGCUGCUCUGUCUGCAAAGAGCCCAUCAUGCCCGCACAAGGCCAGGAGGAGACUGUGCGCAUUGUGGCCUUGGACCGUGACUUCCAUGUGGAGUGCUACCGCUGCGAGGACUGCGGAGGCCGCCUGUCCGAAGGCGACAACCAGGGCUGCUACCCCUUGGACGGCCACAUCCUCUGCAAGAUGUGCAACUCUGCCCGGAUCCAGGCCCUGACGGCAAAGUCGAGCACCGACCUCUGAAGGCCCCCGGAGCCUCGCGCCAUCCUCCCCCUCUCGCACAGCUGGAAGGCUUUAGGACACGCAGAGCGGCUUGCUGGGGGCUCCACAUUAUGGCGUCUCCCCCCCCCCAUGUCUACACUACAGAUUUAACUCUUUGAGCCUGCAAUCCCUCUCUGCAAGGCACCCUGGGAAAUGUAGUUCUCUGGGGCUCUUUCCGAGAAAGGUCUCAGGACACCCCCACGAAACUACAGUUCCCAGGAUGCUUUGAGGAAUGCCACGAUGCUUAACUGGUUUGAAACUGGUAGAUGUUUGUAGUGCAGAUGGACCCCCCCCCCAAGUCCUCGGCUGUCUCCAUCCCCUUCUAGUUUCAUCUCCUCUAAAUCCGAAACCCAUUAGCUUGUCCUAUGCAUUUUAUCCAUUCCGAAGCUCCAGCCACAGAUGCUAACGCCUUUUCCUUUUCUUCUUCACACGAGCCAUCAGAUCCCGAGCUUCUUUGCACAUUAAUAUAUGGGGGGGGGGGACGAACGGGGACACUUUAUAUCUAUUUCUAUAGCCUCAUAUGAUAACGUAUUGCAAUAUUUCACUAGUGCCUUAAAGACAACUAUGCAGAGUAAGGAGUUAGGGCUGCGAUUCAGGGAUGGGAAAGGCGAUUAGGGAAUCUGCGGGUGCUUGCGAGGGAACGUGCUUGGCACUUGAACUGCGAUCAGGGUCCACCUCUGUCGCACCUCCAUGGACCCAACUUGCUGGGUUCUCGUGACCAAAACAUAGCUUUCAGAGCUGGAACCACAAGCACACCAUUUACUGUAAUCUCCACCUGAAAAAAAGGGGGGGGAGUUUUCUGAGGGGAAGGUAAAAGGACCUCUGGAUGGUUAAGUCCAGAAACACACACUCACACUACAGCUGGAAUAAAAAAUCUCGCACAGA